AUGGAAUUGGCUCAACGCGUCCACACCAAUCUCGUCCACUAUAACCAGUGGAACGACGUCGCCAUCGAACUGACACUGAUGGGGCCCGUGCUCCGGGGGACCCCCCCAGAUAAGCUCGAUGGCCGCGAUGACUUGAUAUUGCAAGAGUGGGUGGUACCGAAACAAGUGACGGAUCAAACGGUUUCGGUGACCCAGAUCAAUCAGUGGUUUGAGGCGAUUGCCACUGUGGCCAAGCUGCGUCCUGCUAGAGUGACCAUGGCCAUUGAAGGCGCCGACGGCACCAUCGUCUACUACUUUGUCCACGAUGGCGUCACCAAACCAAGACAAAACUGA